CGACGAUGCCAUCCGGCGAUGCCAUCGACAAGCGCGCGCCGAUCCCGGACCGCCUCGGCGUCCGGAUCCUCUUCUGCGGCGAGGAGUUCCCCGACGCCGCGCGAUGCACCGCGUCGUCGCUCAGCACGGAUCCGGGCGUCGAGGUCGUCGUGUGCAAGCGCGAGGACGUCGCGACUGAGAUCGAGCGCGCGGACAUCGCGGUGCCGCUCAUGACGCGCCUGGACGCGGACAUCAUCGCGCGCGGCGCGAAGCGCCUCAGGCUCGUGCUGCAGUUCGGCGUCGGGCUCGAGGGCGUGGACGAGCGCGCGUGCGCCGAGCGCGGCGUUCUCGUCGCGCGCAUCCCGGCGGAUCGCACCGGCAACGCGACGUCCACGGCGGAGAUGGCCGUGUAUCUCGUCCUCGCCGCGCUGCGACGCGUCAACGCGAUGGCGGACUCGCUGAAAGCGAGGACGUUGGGGACGCCGAUGGGGACGCAGCUGAAGGGGCUGAACGUGUUGAUCGUGGGGUGGGGGAACAUCGCGCGGGAGGUGGCGGUGCGCAUCGCGCCGUUCGGAGUGACGCUCUCCGCGACGCGGCGGCGGCCGUGGACCGAGGAGGACGCCGCGGACGAAGCGGGGUCCGAAACCGCCGGCGCGCUGGCGUUACUCGGAGACAGAAAAGGCUCCGGCGAGAAAGACCUCAUGCGCAUGCUCAACGACGCGGACGUCGUCAUCCUCGCGUGUAAGCAGACGAGAGAAAACGUCGGCAUGGUCGGCGACGCGUUUCUCGCGUCGAUGCAACCGGGCGCGACGCUCGUCAACGUCGCGCGCGGGGGUCUGUUCGACCGCGACGCGGUCCUCGCGGCGCUCGAGACCGGGCACUUGGGCUUCCUCGCGUCCGACGUGGCGUGGUCCGAGCCCGUGGACACGAACGACGCGGUCGUGCGUCACCCGCGGAGUUAUUUCACGCCGCACGUCGGCGGCAUCACGGGAUUCGCGUACGGCAUCAUGGGCGGCGUCGUGGCGGAGGAGGCGCGACGCGUCCGGCGCGGCGAGCUCCCGUCCGACCGAGUGGAGGUCAUUAACGAGGCGGAGGCGGUGAAGAACCGCGCGCCGUCGCUGCGAGAGCAGCUGUCGUAUCUGUACGACGGGAGCAAGAAGGUUGGCGAGCCGGCGCGGGCGGAAGACGAGGAAGAGUGAGGGUAACGUGUGACGUAUUCGCGCGUAACCCCAAGUUGGUACGCAUUAUUAUUAACCUUAACCUCAAGAUGAAAUACAUCGCAGUGAGGGUACAAC